AUGAGGAAAAAAAGCAACCCACCGAGGGAUUCGACUCAAGAAACUCGCACAUCUAAUGAAGCAACAGCCAGUGGAGGCUCGCACCGACCCCGUGGCGUCCGUCGGUUGCUGAAGACAGUGAAGGACACCUUGAGGGAUUCCCUUAACCGCGGCUCUGUUCCCCCGGAUGUGGAUCAUCAAAGUGCUUCAUCGACCUCGAAUAUCAUCGAGGUUGCUCCGUCUGGCAUAGAAGUGGAGGCUGAAUCCCAAUCGGCACUUCAGCAUGCUCAACAAUCUGCAAGACAGAUGCAUUCGCUUUCGGGACGUGUGAUAACCGUGACGUCUGCUGCCCAAGACGCACAAGCAGAUCUCACCGCUGCUGACGGUUUCCAGGACACAUAUCUCAAACCCCUCAAAAUAUUCGACGAUGUUAUAGGAAAGAUUGCGAAUGUACAUCCAUAUGCAAACAUGGCGCUGGGCGUGCUGUCCUGUGCAGCUAAAAUUAUUAUAGCUCAAGCGGAUCGCGACGCAGCGGUACUCGAACUUCUCAACAAGUUGGGUGAAGUUUACAGCUUCAUAACACAAGACAAGAUGCUUGGCCAAAUUUCGUCGAUGCACGCUAUCCUCGGAAAGAUUUCUCAGCAGACUCGUGAAUAUUACCAAUUUUUGUGA